UCAUUAAUGUUGGACUUGUGUCACACUGUCAUGAUCUAGAAGAGCUGCACACGUUCGGACGUCAGGGGAGGAUUUCUGUUUGAUCUCUGCAUUCAAGUCCAAGAUGAAAGAAAGAAAAACUCGACAUCAUGAGACCAACUUCCUCUUCUGCUACUGACUUAAAUCAGAAGAUGAGUGACUGUGUGGCGGAAGAGGAGGGCAGAGCAGAAUCUGCAGUGUCCAGCUGUCUGUCCAUGAAGAGCGACUGGUCUAAAGGACAACCUCCAGACUUAAGUAAUGGACCUGGACCUUCAGACACAAAAGGUUCCUACCACAGAGCAGAGUCUGCAGUGUCCAGCUGUCUUUCCAUGAAGAGUGACUGGUCUAAAGAUCUACCUGAAUACUUCAGUAAUGGACCUGGACCUCCAGACAUAAAGGACAGGAAGAGGAGUCGAGGUGAUGUGGAGGAGCAGCUGUCCUGCUGUGCUUUGUGUCAGGAGCUCCUGAGGGAUCCAGUCUCCACCAGCUGUGGACACUGGUUCUGCAGACGGUGCAUCACCUCAUACUGGGACCAGUCUGAUCCAUCAGGAGAUCCUGCCUGUCCCCAGUGUGGAAAAAGAUCCAGAACAAGACCUGGACUGCAGACAACCAGUCAAACCAGCACAGUGGACGGCGGUCUGCAGGAGGUUUUAGACGAGCAUAAGAUCAGUCUGAGGAGGAGAUGUGAAUUUGUGACAGAAGGAACUGCUGCAGUAGGAACUGGAACCCCCCUCAACAGGAUCUACACUGAGCUCUACAUCACAGAGGGACGGAGGGAAGAGGUUAAUACCCAACAUGAGGUGUGGCAGCUGGAGACAACAUCCAAGAUGGAGACCCUCCAUGACACUCCAAUCAAGUGCCAGGACAUCUUUAAACUCUUACCUGGCCAAGACACACACAUCAGAGUAGUUGUGACGCAGGGCGUUGCUGGGAUUGGAAAAACCUUCUCAGUGCAGAAGUUCACUCUGGACUGGGCAGAGGGCUUGGAAAACCAACAUGUCAGUCUUGUGGUUCUGCUUUCGUUCCGGGAGCUGAACUUGAUCAAAGAUGAGCGCUACAGUCUUCUCCAGCUGCUCCGUGUUUUCCAUCCAGCAUUACAGACGGUCACAGCAGAGCAGCUCACCGUCUGUAAAGUCGUGUUCAUCUUUGACGGCCUGGAUGAAAGCAGGUUUUUAUUGGAUUUCCAGAACAAUGAGGUCGUGUCUGAUGUCACACAGACAUCAUCAGUAGACGUGCUGUUGACAAACCUCAUCAAGGGGAAUCUGCUUCCCUCGGCUCUCCUAUGGAUAACUUCCAGACCUGCAGCGGCCAAUCAGAUCCCUCCUACAUGUGUCGACAGGGUAACAGAAGUCCGAGGGUUCUCUGACCCCCAGAAGGAGGAGUACUUCAGGAGGAGGUCCAGUGAUGAGGACCUGUGCAGCAGAAUCAUCUCACACAUCAAGGCGUCCAGGAGCCUCCACAUCAUGUGCCACAUCCCGGUCUUCUGCUGGAUCACUGCUACAGUUCUGGAGCACAUGUUGACCACAGACCAGAGAGGAGAGCUGCCCAAGAGCCUGACUGAGAUGUACUCACACUUCCUGCUGGUUCAGACACAGAGGAAGAAGCACAAGUACAAUGAGAGACAUGACAGGAGCCAGCAGGAGCUGAUGGAGACUGACAGGGAAGUUCUUCUGAAGCUGGGCAGGCUGGCGUUUGAACAUCUGGAGAAAGGCAACCUGAUGUUCUACCAAGAAGACCUGGAGGAGUGUGGUCUUGAUGUCAGAGAGGCCUCGGUGUACUCAGGAGUGUGUACAGAGAUCUUCAAAACCGAGUGUGUGCUCUUCCAGAGAAAAGUCUACUGCUUUGUUCAUCUGAGCAUUCAGGAGUUUCUCGCUGCAGUCUACAUCUUCCACUGCUACACCAACAGGAACACAGAGGUACUGGCCAAAGUCAUGAGAACAGGCAAGAAUAAAGGAGUUGACAAUGAGCCAUCAUUGGAUAUCCUCCUGAAGAGAGUCAUGUCUGAAGCCCUGCAGAGCAAAAAUGGUCACCUGGACCUCUUUGUCCGUUUCCUUCAUGGCCUCUCACUGGAGUCCAGCCAGAGGCUCUUAGGAGGCCUGCUGGGUCAGACAGAGAGCAGACCAGAAGAGAUCCAGACAGCCAUCAAAAACCUGAAGCUGAGACGAGCAGCAGAUAUCUAUCCUGACAGAAGCAUCAACAUCUUCCACUGUUUGAUGGAGAUGAAUGACCUCUCAGUACAUCAGGAUAUCCAAGAGUUCCUCAAGUCAGAGAAGAGGUCAAAGAAGAAACUCUCUAUGAUCCAGUGCUCAGCUCUGGCCUACAUGCUGCAGAUGUCAGAGGAGGUUCUAGAUGAGUUGGAUCUGAAGGUGUACAACACAACAGAUGAUGGACGACUGAGGCUGAUCCCAGCUGUGAGGAACUGCAGGAAGGCUCGAUUGAGUGGCUGCAGGUUGACAGAGAGCAGCUGUGCUUCUCUGGCCUCGGCUCUGAAAUCCAACCCCCAUCUGACAGAGCUGGACCUGAGUGAGAACCAGCUGCAGGAUUCAGGAGUGAAGCUGCUGUCUGCUGGACUGAAGAGUCCAAACUGCAGACUGGAGACUCUCAGACUGAGUGGCUGCAGGUUGUCAGAGAGCUGCUGUGCUUCUCUGGCCUCGGCUCUGAAGUCCAGCCCCCAUCUGACAGAGCUGGACCUGAGUGAGAACCAGCUGCAGGAUUCAGGAGUGAAGCUGCUGUCUGCUGGACUGGAGAGUCCAAACUGCAGACUGAAGACUCUCAGACUGAGGAGCUGCAGGUUGACAAGGAGCUGCUGUGCUUCUCUGGCCUCGGCUCUGAAGUCCAACCCCCAUCUGACAGAGCUGGACCUGAGUGAGAACGGGCUGCAGGAUUCAGGAGUGGAGCUGCUGUCUGCUCUGGUGGAGAGUCCAAACUGCAGCCUGAAGACUCUCAGGCUGGAACAUGUAGAAGACUGGAUUCCAUCUGGCAGCAUGAGAGCAUGUGAGUACUGAGACAGUAUGAGCAAGCACACACAC